AUGUGCGGCAUCGUCAUCGCCCACGGCAUCGACAACCCCGCCGCCGAGCGGCCCAAGCUCCUCGCGUGCGCGAAGAAAAUCCGCCACCGCGGGCCUGACUGGUCGGGCUGCUACAGUGGCAAACAGACCAUCCUCGCGCACGAGCGACUCGCCAUCGUAGGCGUCGACACCGGCGCGCAGCCGCUGGUUAGCAACGACGGCAAGCUCAUCCUCGCCGUCAACGGCGAGAUCUACAACCACAUCAAGCUCCGCGGCACACUCAAGCAGCCGUACAAGUUCAAGACGCACUCGGACUGUGAGGUCAUCAUCCCGCUCUACCAAGAGCUCGACAAGGACCUCUGCCCGCUCCUCGACGGCAUGUUCUCCUUCGUCCUCCUCGACGAGUCCGUCUCGCCCCCGCGCAUCAUCGCCGCGCGCGACCCGAUCGGGAUCACGACCCUCUACCAGGGCUGGUCCUCCGCGCGCCCGGGCGCGACCUUCUUCGCGUCCGAGCUCAAGGCGCUCACCGACCUCUGCGACAAGAUCAUCUCCUUCCCGCCCGGCCACGUCUUCGACUCGCGCGACGGCUCGACCACGCGCUACUUCCGUCCCGCCUGGUGGGACUCCGAGACGGCCGCGCGCGUGCCGACGGCCAAAGUCGACCUCAACCUCCUCCGCCAGACGCUCGAGGAGGCCGUCCGGAAGCGGCUCAUGAGCGAGGUCCCGUACGGCGUCCUCCUCAGCGGCGGGCUCGACAGCAGCCUGAUCGCGUCCAUCGCCGCGCGCGAGACGGAGAAGGUCGCGCAGGCACAGGCAGAGGCGCGCCGGCGGAAGCUGCAGGAGGCGCGGAGCGGGCCCCCGACGCCUGGCGAGGACGGCGUCGACGAAGCGCAGACGAUCAUGGCGUGGCCGCAGCUGCACUCGUUCUCGAUCGGGCUCGAGAACUCGCCGGACCUGCUCGCGGCGCGCAAGGCGGCGCACUACCUCGGGACCGUGCACCACGAGUACACGUUCACCGUCCAGGAGGGCCUCGACGCGAUCCCGGACGUGAUCUACCACCUCGAGACGUACGACGUGACGACGGUGCGGGCGAGCACGCCCAUGUACCUCCUCAGCCGCAAGAUCAAGGCGAUGGGCGUGAAGAUGGUCCUCAGCGGCGAGGGCUCGGACGAGAUCUUUGGCGGCUACCUCUACUUCCACGCCGCGCCUGACCCGGAGUCGUUCCACAUCGAGUGCGUGCAGCGCGUGAAGAACCUGCACACCUCGGACUGCCUCCGCGCGAACAAGUCGACGAUGGCGUGGGGGCUCGAGGCGCGCGUGCCGUUCCUCGACAAGGCCUUCCUCGACGUCGCGAUGAACAUCGACCCGGCCGAGAAGAUGUUCAGCAAGGGCUCGGCGCAAGAAGUCGACGCGGACGGGUGCCCGAAGAUGGAGAAAUACAUCCUCCGGAAAGCCUUCGACUGCUCGCCGGACGGCAAGCCGUACCUCCCUCGGUCGAUCCUCUGGCGGCAGAAAGAGCAGUUCUCCGACGGCGUCGGCUACUCCUGGAUCGACGGGAUCAAGGACCACGCCGCGUCCGUCGUCUCCGACGCCGCCCUCGCCGCGGCCGCGCAGCGCUGGCCCGACGGCGCGCCCGACACCAAGGAGGCGUACUUCAUCCGCGACGCCUUCGACGGCAUGUUCCCGCCCGCGGCGGCGGCGACCGCGGUGAGGUGGGUGCCCCGCGCGGACUGGGGGUGCGCGUCGGACCCGAGCGGGCGCAGCGUCAGCAUACACAACGCCGCGUACGACGCCGCCGCCGCGCGGACGCGUAGAACGGAGACGUCCGCAGACCGCAGAGAGCAUGUGCCGCAGAUCGCCCGUACCCACGCGAGCAUGCACGCAACCACCACCGAACGCGUGCGCCAACGCAGGGCCCGAUCGACGCACGCACACACCGACGCAGACGGCAGAGACUGGCUAUGUAUUUCGAAUGUACGCGUACAAUUACACGAACGCCCUGUCUAG